AUGGAGGUCUGCCUGGCCUGUGGGCCUGGCAGCGGCAGCAGCAAGAGGACGAGGGGUGCGCGAGUGGUCCAGCGCAGGAGGACGCGGCUCACCAGGGGGUGCACGGGGCUAAGGAAGCGCGAGGCACGGCAGAGAUGCGGCGGAGGCACGGCAGGGACGAACCCCCUCCCCAGCGAUGGAAAGACACUGGCAUUUCCGAAUUAG